UGGAACAAUUUAGGAAACUUUUGGACCUAUGGCUGCAAAUUGUAUUUUGAUCAGAGGAGGUAAAGUAGUGAACAAUGACUCUUCGCAGAUUGCUGAUGUCUAUAUUGAAGAUGGAAUCAUAAAAGACAUUGGAAGUAACCUGCAGCUCAAUCAGAUUGUUGACUUGAAGGUGAUCGAUGCCACAGGAAAACUGGUCAUCCCUGGAGGAAUCGAUACCCACACACACAUGCAAUUCCCAUUCAUGGGCACCUUUUCCGUGGAUGAUUUUUACAUAGGUACCAAGGCUGCGGUGGCAGGAGGAACCACCAUGAUCAUCGACUUUGCCAUCCCCAAGAAAGGUCAUUCUCUGAUUGAAGCUUUUGACACCUGGAAGAGCUGGGCUGACCCCAAAGUGUGCUGUGACUAUGCUCUCCAUGUGGCUGUGACUUGGUGGAGUGACAAGGUGAAGGAAGAGAUGGAAAUCCUUGUGAGAGACAGAGGUGUCAAUUCAUUUAAGAUGUUCAUGGCUUACAAGGACUUGUAUAUGGUUCAUGACAUCGAGCUGCAUCAGGCAUUUACUUGCUGUAAGAACAUUGGGGCCAUCGCCCAGGUGCAUGCCGAGAAUGGAGAUUUAAUUGCUGAGGGAGCAAAGAAGAUGCUGUCCCUGGGUAUCACAGGCCCAGAGGGUCAUGAACUGUGUCGCCCGGAGGAAGUAGAGGCCGAAGCCACUCAGAGAGCCAUCACUAUCGCCAACUCAGUCAACUGCCCGCUCUUUGUGGUUCACGUCAUGAGCAAAUCUUCAGCCAAAAUCAUUGCGAAUGCCCGAAGAGAAGGUAAAGUAGUGUUUGGAGAGCCAAUUGCCGCUGGUCUUGGCACAGAUGGUACAAAUUACUGGCAUACAGAUUGGUGUCAUGCUGCAGCACAUGUGAUGGGACCACCCCUUCGCCCAGAUCCAACUACACCACAAUAUCUCAUGCAGCUGUUGGCUAAUGACGAUCUGAGUGUCACAGGAACAGAUAACUGUACAUUUAACACAAACCAGAAAGCACUUGGAAAAGACGAUUUCACCAAGAUCCCCAAUGGAGUGAACGGUGUGGAGGACAGGAUGUCCGUUGUCUGGGAGAAAGGAGUGCACAGUGGUAUUAUGGAUGAGAAUCGGUUUGUUGCUGUCACAAGCUCCAAUGCUGCGAGAAUCUUUAACAUGUACCCAAGGAAGGGGAAGAUUGCCAUAGGCUCUGAUGCAGAUAUUGUUAUCUGGGAUCCAGAGGCUACAAGGACUAUCUCUGCUAAAACCCACCACCAGGCUGUGAACUUCAAUAUAUUUGAAGGAAUGGUCUGCCACGGAGUACCUCUGGUGACUAUUGCCGGCGGGAGGGUAGUGUACGAGAACGGUGUCUUGCACGCAGUUCCAGGCCAAGGAAAAUACAUUCCACGCAAGCCGUUUCCUGACUAUGUCUACAGCCGUAUCCUAAAAAGAGAUGAGGUAUGUCAGCCACUUCCAGUACAAAGACAGCCUUAUAAAGGAGAGGUCAUCCAACUGAAGUGAUUACAGAUCCAUCAGCACCAGAACAAUGCAUUCACAAAAAUGAGGAGACCAACGUCAAGACUUUUGGAAACUGAUACAACCAUUUAUUUUCUACAGUAUUCAUGUAACAUCUGCAGUCUAGAACAUUGUACAACGCAUUGCUGAGCAUGCAGCAUCAACAUUGUAAAGCCAGCAAAUAGUUAAUGCUGAAUAAUUCUAUAUAUGAACUUCCUUCAGAAACAGAGCUACAAUCUAGAGGUG